AUGGAAGACUCCACUGCCCUGGAGCAAGAAAAAGAAAACCAGGAUUCUGGGGAAGAAGGGAGGCCAUGGGACGGCAUGACAGCAGCUUCUGCCCAAGAUCCUCUGCCUGGAUUGUCUGAAUCCCCGGAGUCAGAGCAGGGGCCUGACCCUGGACCCCAGCCCGGGAGCAGCCCACCGGAGAGCCCGGCCCGGAGCAGCCCACCCCGGAGCCCACCUGGGGGAGACCUCGCGGGCCCAGGUGCACCUCCGCCUCCGCCUCCUCCGGAGCCCUCCUCCCCUCCUCCGGCUCUGGCGGGACCGCACCUCGCUGCACCAGGGCAGUCAGACAAGACCUCCAGUGGGAUUCCAGAAGCUGGGACAUCUCGCCCUGAGCACUUGCAACAACAGUCAUCUGAUAAAGGAGCAUCAACUCCUCAUCAAACCUGCCCGUCCAAGGGGAACGCCUUUCAACAGUUUCAGCAAACCCAGGGGCACCUGUAUGAGCCCAGGGACGCGAACGGGGACACCUCUAAACAAGGCCUGCGGGCUGGCGUUUUUCAGGAGGACUCAGAGAGCAAACACCAUCUGGAUGGGGCUGAGCCCGAGCUUCACCCUGAGCCCGAAGCGGCCCCCAGCAUGCUGGAGAUUGCCGUUCAGAGUGCCAAGGCUUACCUACUGAAGACCAGCAGCGCGUCAGGCUUAAAUCUAUAUGACCAUCUUUCUAACAUGCUGACCAGGAUCUUAGAUGAGCGCCCUGAAAAUGCUGUGGACAUCAUUGAAAAUAUUAGCCAGGAUGUGAAGAUGGCACAUUUUAGUAAAAAAUUAGAUACACUCCAGAACGAGAAUGAGAUGCUUCCCACAUAUGAAAUAGCAGAGAAGCAAAAGGCUCUUUUUCUCCAGGGAAAUUUGGAAGGAGCUGACCAAGAACUGGAAGACGAAAUGGCAGAGCCCUCUCUCCCAAAUGUGAUGGAGUCAGCAUUUUAUUUCGAACAAGCUGGAAUUGGUUUGGGCUCAGAUGAGAUUUAUCGAAUCUUUCUUGCCCUCAAGCAGCUUACGGACACCCACCCAAUUCAAAGAUGCCGUUUCUGGGGCAAGAUCUUGGGUCGGGAGAUGAAUUACAUUGUAGCUGAAGUGGAGUUUCACGAGGGAGAAGAUGAAGAGGAGGUGGAAGAGGAAGACGUAACCGAAGAGAGGGACAAUGGAGAGAGUGAAGGUGAAGAAGAUGAGGAGGAAGAAUUACCCAGGUCCCUUUACAAGGCUCCACAGCCCAUACCAAGAGAAGAAAGCAGAACAGGUGCCAACAGAUAUGUUUAUUUUGUUUGCAACGAGCCAGGAAGACCAUGGGUGAAGUUGCCAUCAGUUACACCUGCACAGAUUGUUGCCGCAAGAAAAAUCAAGAAGUUUUUCACUGGGCGAUUGGAUUCUCCCAUCAUAAGCUACCCACCUUUCCCAGGAAAUGAGAGUAAUUACCUGAGAGCACAGAUUGCCAGAAUUUCAGCAGGGACCCACGUCAGCCCUUUAGGAUUCUAUCAGUUUGGUGAAGAGGAAGGAGAGGAGGAGGAAGAAGUAGAAAGUGGGCGAGAUAACUUUGAAGAAAACCCUGAUUUUGAAGGCAUUCAAGUGGUUGAUCUAGUGGAAUCCCUAUCCAAUUGGGUUCAUCAUGUACAACAUAUUCUCCCUCAGGGUCGCUGUAAUUGGUUUAACCCCAUACAAAAAAGGGAAGAGGAAGAGGAAGAUGAUGAUGAAGAAAAAGAAGAAGAAGAAGAGCCUGACUACAUAGAACAGGAAGUGGGGCCACCUCUCUUGACACCAAUCUCUGAAGAUUUAGAGAUCCAGGAUACACCACCUUGGACAACACGACUCUCUUCCAACCUCAUUCCUCAGUAUGCUAUUGCUGUUCUCAGAUCCAACCUUUGGCCUGGAGCAUAUGCCUUUUGCAAUGGCAAAAAGUUUGAAAAUCUCUACAUAGGCUGGGGUCAUAAAUAUAGUCCAGACAGCUAUGCACCUCCAGUCCCACCACCAGUUAGUCAAGAAUACCCCGGCGGACCAGACAUUACGGAAUCGGAUGACCCCAGCGUGGAAGAGGAGCGCGCCUUCAGAGAAGCACAGGAAGCCGCUGCGCUUGCAGCCGAGGAAAACGAAGAAAGCGAGGACGAUGAAGAUGAUUAUGACUAA